ACCCAAUUCUCUCUCUCUCCACGCGCGUCCUGAGCUGUUGCUUAUUAACAUUCACUCUCUCGAAAUCGGCUUAUCGUUAUUCCGCCACGGCGUUGCGCCUGAUGUGAGAAAAAAAGAUGUUCUUUGCGCAAACGAGAGGAUGAGGAUCAAAGAUGUUAAAAGGGUGCGUCUGUAAGAAGGGGGCAAGAAAAGUGACACUGUACUCAUGGUGCGCUUGUUUUGAACAUCAUGGAUGCUUAGGCAUUUUGGAUGGCAUGUUGGCAUCUCCUCGCUGCCACAAGUAGGGAAUGAUAAAAAUAAAAAGAUGCCCAAAGCGCACGGAGGGAUCACUCCACUCCACAUCUAAAUGGCGGAGCUUGAAGUUUGCAGAAAUCUCAGUUUGGAGGGGGUGGAGCGAUGCAUGAGUGUGAUGCAGUCUGGGACUCAGAUGGUGAAGCUGAAGGCAGGAUCCAAAGGACUGGUUAGACUCUUCUACCUGGAUGAGCAUCGGUCCUGCAUCCGCUGGAAGCCUUCACGCAAGAGUGAGAAAGCCAAGAUCACCAUAGAUUCCCUUUACAAGGUGACGGAGGGUGGUCAGUCAGAUGUCUUCCAUCGGCAUGCAGAUGGCAGCUUUGAUCAGGCCUGCUGCUUUACGGUUUAUCAUGGAAACCACAUGGAGUCACUCGACCUGGUUACAUCGAAUGCAGAGGAGGCCAGAACCUGGAUCACUGGCCUUCGCUACCUGAUGGCCGGGAUAAGUGACGAGGACUCGUUGGCCAAGCGGCAACGCACACAUGACCAGUGGAUGAAGCAGACGUUUGAGGAAGCUGAUAAAAAUGGAGACGGCCUGCUAAACAUUGACGAAAUCUAUCAACUUCUUCACAAGCUUAAUGUUAAUCUGCCACGCAGGAAGGUCAAGCAAAUGUUUCAGGAAGCAGACACCGAUGAUCAGCAGGGUACACUGACGUACGAGGAGUUCUCUGUCUUCUACAAGAUGAUGUCUCUAAGAAGGGACCUGUUCCUGCUUAUGAUGGCAUACAGUGACAGAAAGGACCAUCUAACUGCAGAGGAGCUUACCAAUUUCCUGCACACGGAGCAGAAGAUGACCAACGUGACUUCGGAGUAUGUUGCGGAAAUUGUUGAAAAGUUUGAGGUAUCUGAUGAAAACAAAGAACGAGGUGUUUUGGGGAUAGAAGGUUUCACAAGUUUUAUGCGUAGUCCGACGUGUGACAUUUUCAACCCUUUGCAUAAUGAAGUGAAUCAGGACAUGGAGCAGCCUUUGUGUAACUACUUCAUCGCCUCCUCUCAUAACACAUACCUAACCGGGGACCAGCUUCUCUCCCACUCCAAGACUGAUAUGUAUGCCUGGGUGCUGCAGUCUGGCUGCCGCUGUGUGGAAGUUGAUUGUUGGGAUGGACCCGAUGGCGAGCCGAUGGUGCAGCAUGGAUAUACCCUGACAUCCAAAAUACCAUUCAAGUCUGUCAUAGAGACCAUCAACAAAUAUGCCUUCAUAAAUAACAAAUAUCCAGUGAUCCUGUCCAUUGAGAACCACUGUAACAUCCAGCAGCAGAAAAAGAUUGCACAGUACCUACGGGAAAUAUUUGGAGACAAACUAGACGUGGGAGAUGUGCUGAGCAGAGACUCCAAAACAUUACCCAGUCCACACAGCCUGCAAGGAAAGAUCCUCAUCAAAGGUAAGCGCCUGCCCGCCUAUCUGUCUGCGGAUGCUGAGGAGGGGGAAGUGUCUGAUGAUGACAGUGCUGACGAAAUUGAAGAGGACUUCAAACUCAAAAGCAGUAAUGGCAAUGGCCAAACCCAAGUGGAGUCUCACAUCAGAAAGAAACUAGACUCUCUUCUGAAGGAGUCCCGGAUCGUAGACAAGGAGGACACCGACAGCUUCAGCAUCCGAGCUCUUCUUAGAGCCACACACCAGGGCCUUCAGAAGAACCUGCGGCAGAGCUCCAAAGGGGUUCUAAGGAAAUCUCAAAGCAGGUCCCUUAUCACAACACUUAAACAAAAGAGGCACUCCAAAUCAAGGCUGACAUGUCAAAGUGUGGAGAAGGAGGAAGACUCUCAGGAAAGAUCUGGGAGAGAAGCUGGAGGACAGUUCAACAGGAUUGGAAGAAAAAGGAAGACAAUAAAACUAAGUAGAGAUCUAUCAAACCUGGUAGUCUUCACCAAUUCUGUUGCCUCACAGGAAUGCUUAAAUGACGGAACUCCAGGUGAUGUUUUGUCAUUCAGCGAGACCAGAGCGCAAUCUCUGGUCAAUCACAAGGCUGAGCAGUUCCUGACAUUUAACCAGAGACAACUGUCAAGGAUUUAUCCCUCAGCCUAUCGUAUCGACUCCUCUAAUUUCAACCCGCAGUUCUACUGGAAUGUUGGUUGUCAAUUGGUUGCGCUGAACUAUCAAACAGAUGGACGGAUGAUGCAGCUCAACAGAUCAAAAUUCAUGGUGAAUGGAGGCAUUGGUUACGUCCUCAAGCCGCCUCCUAUGUGUAAAGGUAAAACAAUACAAAGAAUAGGUACAAAAAAAAUAAAGAUAAGCUUUGAUCAAGUUCAUUUGUCAUUUUUUCUACAUAAGUAACCGUUAUGAUGAACA